AUGGCUUUUAAAAGAAAACAAAUAUUUUUGCAUAUAACUGAUGCAAAAUUAAUUGUUUUCCAACAGAUUUCUUUACCGGCAAUUCUGGUGCUGUUGGUUUUAUUUCACGAGAAAGCCGACGCUGGCGGUCACGCGCACUCUUUUCAACAUUUCCACGGACCCGUGAUAGGCGAUGCUCGAGAGGUGACUUGGAAAGACAAGCACGGUCACCACGAUCAUGAUUACGUGGCACAUCCGCACUACGAGUUCUCGUACGGUGUCGAGGACCAUCAUACCGGCGAUUAUCAUGGCCAAAAGGAGCAUAGAGACGGCAAAGAAGUAGUCGGUGAAUACACAAUAAAAGAGCCCGGCGGAAAUAUUAGAACGGUGAAAUAUCGCGCUGGAAAGGAUGGAUUUUUCGCUCACGUUCUUAACAGCAACGGUAACAACCACGACGGAGGACACCACCAUUAAACGAAACGUCGUUUCAUUCAUUACCAAAGAUUUCUUGUUACGUUGCGAUUGUUGUUGUUAUGCAACGUUGAUUGUUUCGUUUUUUUUUUUGUUGCACUGAUUAAAAAAAGA